UAAUGCCGUCGCUCUGUAUGCCUCCAUCGUUCUCUGCUAGAGGGGGUUUAUUGUUCCUCCGACUCAAGAGGCGAAAUAGAUUUUAGCCGGACCUCCCCAAAUCUUAUUCAAAUACAACAAGUUGCUAAAAUGGCAGGAGGUAAGGCAGGUAAGGACAGUGGCAAGGCCAAGGCAAAAGCUGUGUCUCGCUCCCAAAGGGCUGGACUUCAGUUCCCAGUGGGCCGUAUCCACAGGCACUUGAAGACCCGCACUACAAGUCAUGGUCGUGUGGGUGCGACGGCAGCCGUGUACAGCGCAGCCAUCCUUGAAUAUCUCACAGCUGAAGUUUUGGAGUUGGCAGGAAAUGCCUCAAAAGAUCUGAAGGUGAAGCGUAUCACUCCGCGCCAUUUACAGCUGGCCAUUCGUGGAGACGAGGAGUUGGACUCUCUCAUCAAGGCAACCAUUGCUGGUGGUGGUGUGAUUCCUCAUAUCCACAAGUCUCUGAUCGGUAAAAAGGGCCAGCAGAAGACUGUGUAGUUCCCAUUGGAGUUGAUAUGGUGACAUGGACUCAAGGACUUGAAUUUGGAAUGUGUGACCAGAUCGGCUUGUGUUCAUCCAUUUAUCCAUUCUUUUUUUAAGUUAAUAUUAAUGUUAUCCUAGCUAACCACAAGUGAUUUGUUAGUUUUGUGUUAAUGUUAUAUCGCCAAAACUAAAUUGGCAACUAAAUCCUCCCCAUCCCAAAUGUCAGGUAUUUUAGAGAGAGACAAACAGGAAGUGUCUGAUAUUUCCUGCUGUGACUGUGGAAUUGUUUGUUAAAUUGGCCAGAGUUAUGGAUCUGUUUUAUACUGAAAUGGUAAUAAAACAUUUUAUACAAAA